CUCGCGGCUCGUCGUCAUAGGUAUUUUUCGUGUGUACUUUCUUAGAGGUCUGUUCAUGUCUUAAUUUUAAUUUAUCACUUAUCAGUGCUUCUAGUAAGUUUGUGGAAAUAAGACCGUUUUCAGUAUACGAAGAAAACUCCAUUGUACCAGUGUUAGCAUUUCAGCAAGCAAUACAUGAUUAAUUAAUAUACAAAGGCCUAAAGAUGCUGCUCAGACGUUUUGCACGUUCAAUAUGGAAUACAUCAAAAGUAGAAAUGAGAUACUUAUCAACAGAACCUGCCAAUCCGGAACUCAAGGACUCUGAGGAUGGCUUGGAGCCUAUACAGGCUGAAGCCAUGGACAAGGAUAUAUGUCUACUUGUGGAUGAAAAGGACAACUUCAUUGGAACUGCCUCUAAAAGAGACUGCCACAAAGUGGGUGACGAUGGCAAAGUCCUGUUACACAGAGCCUUCAGUGUGUUUCUCUUCAACAAGAGGGGAGACAUGUUACUACAGAGGAGAGCGAGUCAGAAAGCGACGUACGCUGACUACUAUACCAACGCAUGCUGCAGUCAUCCUCUAUACAUAGACGACAAACCAGAGGAUGUCAUAACCGCAGCUAGGCGAAGACUAAACCACGAGUUGGGCAUCCCUCUUGAUCAGAUGGAUCCCGAGCUGUUCACGUUCCUGACACGUGUGCACUACCACGACCCGGGCGACGGCGUUUGGGGCGAACACGAGAUCGACCACAUACUGUUCUUCCAGUCCGACGUCAAAGUGAAGCCCAACCCCGACGAGAUCUCCGAGUAUUGCUUCGUGCCAAAGAACGAAUUCAAUGCAUACCUUCCGACGCUUGAAGGGCCAAUAACCCCAUGGUUCAACAUGAUCCGUCGUCACCGACUCAAACUGUGGUGGGAUAACCUGCAUCGUCUAAAGGAUCUGGCCGAACCAGAGAAAAUACAAAAGUUCCUGAACGAAAAAUAGAUAUUUUUAAUUAAAAAUGGUGUAUUGGUUGGUAUUCUUGGUUGAUGUGGAACUUCUGUGGGUUAUUAUUUAAAUUACUAAACUAGUACACACAUAGAUACUGUUUAGCAGUGGCGAAGUAUAAAAUUUUGACUAAGGUAAGCUGUUCCAAAUAAAAGGAAAUUCAUACCGCUUGAUACAAACUCCGGUUUCUCAUAUAUCCAUACAUAUUCAUUACAGUAAUGACUAUGCGGACUACUUAGACAGUACUAGCGGACGCCGGCGAUUUCGUCCGCGUGGAAUUCAGUUUUUCACAAAUUCCGCGGGGACCAUGAAUUAUUCCGGGAUGAAAAGUAUAUAGCCUGUAAGUUAAGGUAGAGUAAAAUCUAUUUUCAUUCCAAAAUUCAGCCCAAUCGCUUCAGUAGUAGCGGCGUUAAAGAGAAAUAAAUAUCCAUACCAACUUUCGUGUUUAUAACAUUAGUAUGAUGGACUUUUAAAAGGUAACCCGAUGGUAAUCGGCCUUUAUGAAUUCUUCGCCACUGCUGAAUACUUACCUACAUGCGUGUACUUUCGCAUAGCUCGCUACAUCGCCCGCUGAAGAACUCUUUCGAGUCUUAUUCGAUCUUUAGUUAAAAAAAAGAAUAUCUGUACUUUGUUUAAAAAAUGUUCUAUUCAUGACUAAGUGCGCUACAUACAUGUUGCCUUAUCUUGAAAUAAAGUAAGUAAUCUUGGAAUCUUCUCUUCAUUAGCCUUUUUUACCCGACUGCCAAGAAAGGUUAUCUUUACUACCUUAUUGGUGUAGUUUACUUUUACUGUGGAUUCUGUUUGAAUUUCUAGUAAAUAAUUUUUUAUCUAUCUGAAAUGCUUUAUAUGACAAUAUGUAUGAGUAAUUGAUAUUAAGUGAAUUCACAUCACUUGAAUAAAUGCAAUAUUUAUAUAAUAAUCAUUAAUUAAAGUCUUACGCAAUGAGAACAUGUCUAUACUUGGGAAGCAUAAUUAAUUAAUUUCAAAUAACUUUGUGAGGUAUAAUAUAACCCAUAACUUAAAACUAUUUGUGGUACUCGAACAAAGACAUUGCUAAAAGAAGUUUCACAUCAAUUAUCUUAGUAUGUCUAUUAAUUAUUAUUAACUAUUAUUUUUAGAUAAUUAACGAAUAUCAUAAUAUAUAUAUUGACUUGAAUAUCAUUAAGUAUUCAUUGUAUGGAGAUAAGUUUUAUUUAGUCACUAUUUUGUUAAGUUCACCAUUUAUAAUUGUGUCGGUAUCAUGUAAUUUAAUCUUAUUUAUAGAAAACGUAAUUUAGAAUACAUUAAAUUAUUAUUAUAAGAACUGAUUUUCGUUAAACGAAUACUGAAAUGUCCUAAAUGUAAAUUUGAAAAAAAAAAAAUAAACUGUUGUUGAAACCUAAACAAAGUACGUCUUUAAGAUUACUACUGAUGUUUGAGGUGGUUUUCAGUAUUCGGUAAUAAUUAUUGUAACUUAUUUAUAAAUUAUAGGUAUAUUUAUAUGUGUACCUUCAUAGUAUUUCGAAGAAACGGGUGCUUGAAAUAUAGAUUUGUAUUUUAAUUC